AUGUCGGUUUCACCGUCUUGCUCUCCGCCGAGACGGGCCUUGCACGAGCGCACCGACUCCGAGAACAACCGCCUCCAGAUUCGAAUCGUUCCUUACAGUCCGCCCCGAAUCGCUUCCGACGGCACAACGCCCCGGCCCGUCUCCUACGCCGAUGCGAGCACCGAGACCGAUCCGGAGCUUAGUCAAAUCUGCUGCGACCCGUUACAUUCCUCAAGUCCACUCUUUGAAACGCCUUCACCAUCCCUGCAGCGGGGCAGGACUCGAAAGGCUGCACUAUCGCCUUCACCAUUGAGCCGUCACCCUCAAUAUCCUUCCUCUGACAUCGAGCUGAGCCCUUCUCCCUGGACGCCACACAACGAUGCCGACGACGAGACUUCCGAUGUUUCACAUCCGCGCUCCCGCGAACCCUCAACUUCUCCUCGACCCCCAUCUCGCCGGAAGGUGAUCAAUGUACACGCCGACAAGACCUUUUCUGUACAUCCUCAAGAGGCCUCAACUUCGUCGAGAGUCGACUCUUUCUGGUCUCGAUCUUUCACAACCGGCAGCAGUUCCUUUGGUCGGGCAUCAUUUGGUCGAGGAUCCUUGGGUCAAUUCAGUGAAGACCGUGCCAGUCGCCCAAGUUCUCCCUUGACGCCUCUUACAGAGCGAAGUUCCAAGUCGCCAAUACCUUCUUCGCCACCCCAAGCUCUCGUUAGCCCUGACAAUUCCUCGCCAUGGAACUACCGCAUGUUUGGGGGUUUGCGCAAGGUGCCAACCACACCUGAUGUGAAACAGUCACAGUUGCAGAUUCCGGGACCAGCUCCUGAACUGCCUCUCCCCCCUCUGCCUGAGAUUGAGUUCUCAGACCCAGGAGUUGGCCCGUCUUCGCAGUUGCUAAACCAAAAGACGUCGUUUCAGUCGACUCUCUCCGAGCAAUCAAGAUCAACCCUGUCUGACAGGACCAACUAUAAAGUCUAUGGCCAGAGCUCCCCAGUGGCUGUUGCCGAUUUGACCAGCUUGCCAGCAUCGUCUAUUCAUUCCAACAUUGAGCUAAUCGGCGAUCCAUCAUCAGUGGAUCCCUCCUUGCAUGACAAUACUCGUCCCCCGACAAGGGACAGCGGAGCGAACUACGUAGUUCAUGGUCACUCAGCCUCUUCAUCCGUUGUUGCUGUCAAGACUCGCGUAAGACCCGAGUACUCCCAAGAGAGUCUCGUAGUUCCUCCUCUGCGAACUAGGAGGAGGCGGUCCUCAGACACUUUUGGUCUCGUCAAGACUCGGUCCCGUGAGACUCUUCGAACGGCAUCGCUGACCUCGCUGUCGACAAUCUUCACUCAAGAAGCCACUCGUGGCCUCUUUGUUGGACCUGCCACCAUUCUGCACCACACUGGCCCAAGCUGGUAUGACCCUGCCGCCGCCAAGAGCCCCAACGUCAACACUCCUCGCUCCCACCAAUGGAGCGCUCAGCUCUCAACUGUCAUGUCAGAAAGCGAGGGAGGUAGUGAGCCGGCAUCUCGAGCUCUAUCUCUCUCUUCCGUCCCCGGAAGACGCGGCAGCGGCCUGGGUAGCAGCCACAGCAAGUACGUCUUGAGCAUGGCUUCUUCGCUCGCUGGCCUCGAGGAGCAUAUCGAAGCAUCCUCUCAUCACUCAAGAAACAGCUCACUGGAGCCCCCUGCAGCGGCAUACGUCCGGGGAUUGUCUCGUGACCCUACAACGGGAACCAUCCGUCUUAUUCGCGAUCAUGAUGAGGAUGGCGAUGGCCUCGCAGACCUGGAAGUGCUUCACCAUCGCUCCUCACGAACACGGAUGGGAAAGUUCUUGAUGAGCUAUGCCUCGGAUCGGAGUCUUCGAUCUACUGCUAGCUUCAAUGCUGCCGUUCCAACCUGGGCGAAGGUUUACUAUGGUAGUGGCGAACGAAAAUGGCUUGCUGCUCAGCCUUCCAUGGAAUCCAUGUACUCUGAGUUCAGUGACAGCCAGCCUCCUGCUUCUUUCCUGAGCAGAACACCAAGCCAGGAUGCCAAUGUCACUCACAUCCACAACCCUCGGCGCCGGCCUCGAGAGCCUGUCCCUCACCGGAGAUCUGGGGCAGGCUCCAUGGAUAUUACUCCUGCACCGCCAUCUCACCCAGUCAUGACGGUUGUUCGCAACUUGAAGAAGCAAACCUCGAGCAUCUGGUCGCCUCACCUGGCCCGUGAUCGACGUCCUUUCCAGCACAGUAUCUGGCAGCCACCUACCUCAGACUGGGAAGCUCGGAGCGAGUUGACUGGACGACGAAAUGCCCAGGUCACCAUGUUUGUAGUGGGAUUCAUUUUCCCUUUGGCAUGGAUGUUUGCCGCAUGCAUGCCCCUUAAGCCAGUUCAGUCGGAAGAUACUGAACGCAACCACAGCACAUCCAAACUGGAGGUGCGACGCAACCCAUCUGGCCAGACGAUUCCCGAAGAGGACCAUGUCUUCACCAGCGCAAUCUGGUGGAGGAAGGUCAACCGUGGCAUGUCUAUCAUCGGCUUGCUCAUGGUCGGCGCCAUCAUCGCCCUCAUCGUGACUGGCGUCAGAGCUCACUGGGGCCAUUAA